AUGCCUGCCUCUGGCUCUGCGAAGUCAAAGGCAAACCGUGUUGAUUUUCACGAAUGUAUACAAUGUCACUGUGUAGUUCAUACCAAGGAUCUUAAAACACAUGUCACUGAAUGUUCCAGUGCAGAAAAUCAUGGUGAUUUUUCUCACGCGUUCCUAAAAGAUGGAGUAUUUCAUGGCGUCGUAUCACUCUCGUCAGUGGACAUACCUGUGUCAAAAACCAUGAAAAAUGAUGUGGUCCUUGUCCAUCCAUCAGUGAUGCAGUUAUGUUCACUGUCCAUUGGUCAGGAAUGCAUCAUUCAAGAGAAGUAUAUUGGGAUAGUUUGGCCAUUGUCUGGUGCCCCGUCCUCAAAUAUAUCAGUUACUGAGAGCCUACUGAGGCUGCUUGAGCUUAAUACAGGGGACCGCGUCACUGUACAGGCCCUGACAGAGAGCCCACUCAGGGCGACAGAGGCCAGAUUUCAACCAAAGGAAUGGAAACAACUUUAUGAUAUAGAGGAAUUUGUCAAAUAUCUGAAAAAUUCUCUCUGUCACAAGUGUUUGAUGUUGCAGAGUGAGAUAUGUGUGACCUACUUUGGACAGCUAUGUCAGCUGAAGGUCAUACAGUUAACAGCAGUAACAGAAAAUGAUAAUGACCUUGACCUUAGUGUAGAUAAUGUCACUAGUUUGUCUCAAGAAGUAGACAGAUUAAAUAUAUCCAGUUUAGAUGAGUCAUCUGUCCUUAAUGAGAGUGAGUAUCAGGAUAGUCAUGUCACCUCUACUCCCAACAGAGAGCAGCAGCUGAAAUCUCCCGGAGAAAGUCCAGGAAAGAGGAAUAACUCUGUCAUCUCGUCAGUCUCCCCACAGAAGGGAGAUAUCUCUGUAGAUACUUCCCAGUUCAAAACUCCUGUAAAACAACAGCCAUCUCAGAGAGUAGGAGAGAUCUACAGAAUUUCUGCAACAACAAGGUGCUGCUUAGUAAGGGAAGAUAAAGUAGGGGUAGAGAAGUCCAGAACUCCUGCUGUGAUGUUUAGUGAUAUUGGGGGAAUGACAUCACAGAUUACCCUCCUUAAGGAAACAGUAAUGCAGCCCCUGAAAACACCUCACCUGUUCAGCUCUACAGGAUUGCCCUCUCCUCGUGGUGUUCUAGUGUUUGGACCUAGUGGCACAGGAAAGACUUUGUUAAUACAAGCUGUAUGUAACGAGAUGAACAUAUUCACACAGACUGUAUCAACUACUGACAUCAUCAGCAAAUAUUAUGGAGAGUCAGAAGCCAAGUUGAGAAAUGUUUUCAAGGAAGCAGAGGAAAGAGCCCCAAGUAUUAUUGUUAUGAAUGAUAUUGAUUCCAUGUUUGGAAGUCGAGAGAAAACUCAAAAUGAGGCUCUGCGUCGCCUCUUGUCCACUCUGUUGACCUUGAUGGAUGGCAUUUCUUCUAAAUCACAUUCUGAUCGGUUUGUGGUGAUUCUGGCGUCUACAGUACGACCCGACUCACUAGACCCCGCUUUACGUCGCCCUGGCAGAUUAGACAGAGAAAUAGAGGUGGGAGUCCCCACAGCUAAAGAGAGGCUAGAGAUUCUACAGAAGUUACUGAGGGAUAGUCCACACAUUUUGAGUGAAGACGACAAGAAACAGAUAGCAGACACAACACAUGGUUAUGUAGGAGCAGAUCUAUUGUAUCUCUGUCAACAAGCCAGAAUAAAUUCUGUGAAGAGAGAACUCCAAGGCAGAGAUUCUGAUAGCAGAUUGAAUCUAAAUGAUGUCACUGCUGCCAUGACAACCAUUCAGCCUAGUGCAAUGAGAGAAAUUCAGCUGGAAAUCCCAAAAGUUCAUUGGACAGACAUUGGGGGUCAAGAAGAGGUCAAAUUAAAGCUUAGACAGGCUGUGGAGUGGCCCCUCAGACAUCCCGAGGCCUUCCAGAGAAUGGGGAUUACCCCUCCCAGGGGAAUUCUGAUGUAUGGGCCCCCUGGCUGCUCUAAGACCAUGAUUGCAAAAGCCUUAGCAACAGAGAGUGGGCUCAAUUUUCUCGCAGUGAAGGGUCCAGAGCUCUUUAGUAAAUGGGUGGGUGAAUCAGAGAGAGCUGUUAGGGAGGUGUUUAGAAAAGCCAGAGCUGCUGCUCCAUCUAUUGUCUUUUUUGAUGAAAUUGAUGCUUUGGCCGUAGAAAGGGGCAGUUCCUCGGGCAGCAGUAAUGUUGGGGAUCGUGUCCUUGCCCAGCUUCUGACAGAAAUAGAUGGAGUCCAGAGUCUAAGAGACGUCACCAUCGUAACAGCUACAAACCGCCCUGAUAUGAUUGAUAAGGCUCUGAUGCGACCAGGUCGACUGGACAGAAUUCUAUAUGUCCCCCUACCGGACAUGUCCACAAGACACAAGAUCUUUAUGAUCCAUCUGAGCAGAAUGCCAAUGGGGGACACAGUGGACAUAGACGGACUGGUCAAGGUCACAGAGAAAUACUCGGGAGCUGAGGUGUCAGCAGUAUGCCAUGAGGCAGCUAUGUUUGCUCUUCAGGAAGACAUUCAGAGUCAGAAAGUGGAGCAGAGACAUUUUGACAAAGCCCUGACAGUGGUCAGGCCUCGAAUCAGUGACCAGCUUAUUCAGUUCUACCAGAAUUAUCAUUUGAACAGUGGUCUACAAGCUGUCUGACAUCGUAUUUUAAACAUCUUAACCAUAUAUAUAUAUACAGUGUGUUUCAAGAACUUAACAUUAUUUAAGCUGAACAUCAGCAUUGUUCACAUUACAGAAAAUUACAUGUAUGUCAGUUACAAGUUUUUUGAGUUACAAGUAUUUCAGGUAAAUAUGCGUCAUUUACAAGCUUUGUCAGUGACAAGUUAUGUCAGUUACAUGAGUUACAAGGUAUGUCAGUUACAAGCUGUGUCAUAUACAAGAGUUACAAGCAAUGUCAGUUACAAGCUGUGUCAUAUACAAGAGUUACAAGCAAUGUCAGUUACAAGCUGUGUCAUAUACAAGAGUUACAAGCAAUGUCAGUUACAAGCUGUGUCAUAUACAAGAGUUACAAGCUAUGUCAAUUACAAGCUGUGUCAUAUACAAGAGUUACAAGCUAUGUCAGUUACAAGCUGUGUCAUAUACAAGAGUUACAAGCAAUGACAGUUUUAAGCUUUGUUAGUCACGAUUCAAUCAGUAAUUGAUAAAGAGAAAAGAUGUCUAUGAAGAAUGUGAUACUGAGAAAAACAAACUUGUCCAAA